AACGAAAGCUAAGUUCUGUAACCGCUGGUUUAGUCGCCCAUAGAACGCCGCGGUCGCAGCACUUAAAACCGAGGUACAACCAGUUACGCCAAUUGGCUUUUUAGUCGUGGGCCAAGUUUAGUAAUUCGCCUGCGCAACCGGUGCGCGGUGCCCCCUUCAGUGUGUGAGUGUGUGACCCGUGAAUAUGGUUUAAAUUGAAAAAAAAAGGAAGAAUCUACUUAAAAGCCGGGCGUAAAGUGCAGGAAUUUGAAAUUCCAAGGAAAAAUGUGUUAAAGUUAACUCCCAGAAAUGCACACACGACGCAUACCAAUACACCUAAAAAGCGCCUGAAGUUAAAGCUGGAGAUCAUUCAUUAUUGCUUCUUCUUCUUGCUAAGCGACGUGUUUCGCUUACCUGUCAAAAGAGCCGUGUAUUAGUGAGCAGAGCCAACUCUCUCUCUCUCUCUACCUUUCGUUCUUGAGUGCUCCCUCUCUCUUUUUGCACAUGCAAAAAGGCGGCUGCAACAACAAAAACAACUCCGCUUGAGAGCUUUCAAGCCGAAGUUCUUGACGUUGGCGUUGUCGUUGUCGUUGGCAGAGGCAGAGGCAGAGGCAGCGACCACAGCAACAGAAAUCGAGUCUAUCGAGUCAUGGACUGCAGCAGAACAAAAAUAAAAGUUUGUUUAAUCGGAAUAAAUAUUGUCUAAAAUAUUAAACAAAAUCUUGUUGGAUCUCAAUUGGCAUUGUUAUCGUAAUGCUGUACAGUAAAACAUGGCUAAGUCGACACUGUACGCUGCUGGGGUGACCUGUCUGGGCUUCGUUUGUUUUGCCUUGGCCUCUGUGGCAAUUGGAAUACCCAUUUGGGGCUACUACGACAGUCCAUCGGCAGGCGGCUAUGACUAUGAUCGGGGUUACUUUGGACCGUUUAAGGUCUGCAAGCAAUUGACGUAUAACCGCGAGAAAUGCGGUAGCGAUGUAUCAAAGUUUAGGUUAAGCAAUGCAGUCUUUGUUAGUGGUCUGCUGGCCAUUGGCAGCUCAGCUGUGCUGGGCAUCUUUUGCAUUUUGUCGGUCAUUCAACAUGCGAUGAUCUCAUCCAGGGAGAAGGUGGUAAUGCCCUACACCACCCUAGUGAUAGUGAAGUUGCUGUUGGCCUUUCUGGGCGGUGUACUGGCCAUCAUAGCGACGGUCUUGUUUGCAUUGCAAAUUGAUGAGCAAGAGCGCUUCGGCUUCAAGAUAUCGCGGGGCAUUUCCUUCUACAUACAGAUCGUUGCUAUUGUGUUAGCCGUGGCCCUGUUUGUGGCCGCCCUGUACGAUGUGAUCUACUCGCGGAGUCCUGGCGGAGAUCCCACAAUGGCCCUGGACGCCUCAUCGCCGGCGAGUGCCACCACUUUUAAUAAUCCAGGAUUCAAGGAGCCACGCAGUCGCAACGGAGUCUCGGUGACGGAUGCCUCCGGAAAGCCGUACAGCGGCAUCCGGAAUGGAGCUGGUACGGCGGGCAGUGUGGCCUCCAUGAGCACCACGGUGACCAGUGUGUCCAAUGGCUCCACUUUAGAUUCAGUUACCCGAUCGCCACUGCGUUCGAGCCUGAAAAAGCCAAGACCCCGGCCGGAUCCCACGUUGGGCAUCCAGAAUCCGGGCUAUUCCGGAUCGGGCAGUUCCCCGCCGAUGCGAAGAAAUGGAAGCGUUAAGAAGGUUCGCAUUCAGACACACAGUACCGAGGUGUGAAGCGGUUUCAACCAUUUAAGAUUAAGCUAAAAAUCGAGUAACCAGCAAACAAAAAUGAAAACAACAAAGCAUAUACAAAGACUGUGUACAGUAGAAGAAAAAUAUCAGACCCAAACAAAAUAUUAAAUUGAGAAACUACAUUUAAGUUCGAGUCUCUCGUCGUUUCACAAUACAAAUUGAAAAUUAGUUUUCAUUUGUCUUCCAAGAAGGAUGCAUAUUAUUCAGUUGGCCCAGACCACGAUUUCUGUAAGCAACGGUUUCCGUCCACGGGCAAGGCAAGAGUAUUUAAUUCACUUUGAAUAUAUCCCCCGAAAAGUAUUCGAUUUUCUAUACAAAACUAAUUAUUAAAUAUUCCAUUCCUCCCCAAAAAGUGCCCUUACGACCACGCCCAGUCCUCAGCACACUGAAAAGAAAUCUCCUCUGAAAGGAGGUCUUCGAACAUGAUCGAGAACUCCUAUUAAAAAUCAUUUGCAAUAUAUCUUAUUUAACUAAAAAACCAACAAACAUAGGCAUUAUAAAUGAAGAUUUGUAAAAUACAUAAAAUAAAAUGACACAAAUUGUUAUUUAUAACUAAGAUUAAGUCAAUCAGUUUAAACUUAUUCUGAUAAUUGUAUGUUACUGUUAGCAAUACUUUCAAUUGAGAGCGUUAAUCAGCUGAAUCGAUAUAAUAAUUGUUGCGCUAAGAUUUCACUAUUGAAGACACUUAGAUUAAUUGCUAAGCUUGUUUGUUUAGUUUUUUGUAAUUUAAUUGAAAAAUGUGUUUCAUGUUUUUCUCUAUAGUUGUAAGAGGACAUUAAAUAAAAAGCAACAAAAAAAAUAAAUAUUAA